AUGUCUAUCUCCUUGAUGAUCUCCAAGCGUGCCCUCCAAUCCCCUGUUCUUCGAUCCAACUACCCGCAAAGGAUCUUUGUCUCUUCCUUCUCCACGACUCCCAAGUCGAACGACAUAGUCGGAAAGGUCCAAGAUGCCGCCCAAACAGUUAACAAGAAGGCCAGCGAGUUGGCGUCCAAAGGGAUGGAGAACCUCGAGGCUGCGUCCAACAAGGUGAAGCAGGCGACCAGUUCGGCCAGCAGCCAAGCGCGUAACGUCGCUGCCGAUGCUAAGAACGAGGCCAACAAGACUAAGGAGUCCGCCAAAGAUAUGGCCCAAGACGCGAAGAAGAAAGUCCAAGUUUAA